GUGCGUCGCUACGUGUGUGCCGUGCGCUCGCUGGGCACCGUGGCCUCGCCCUCGCCCUCCGCCCCCUAAGCUUGUACCGCGUAGGCCGCCCCUCCCUCCGCGCGCACUCCGCAACGACCCCCGGCCGGCCCCCCCUUUCGAAUUUAAAGGGGGCGCAGCAUUAACGUCCCCCGCCUCAGGUGACCUCUCAGGGGUCUCCCCGCCAGAGGUGCCCCGCCGCCGAGGAACAUGGCGAAGGUGGAGCAGGUCCUGAGCCUCGAGCCGCAGCACGAGCUCAAAUUCCGAGGUCCCUUCACUGAUGUUGUCACCACCAACCUAAAGCUUGGCAACCCAACAGACCGAAACGUGUGUUUCAAAGUGAAGACCACGGCACCACGUAGGUACUGCGUGAGGCCCAACAGUGGGAUCAUUGAUGCAGGGGCUGCGAUUAAUGUAUCUGUGAUGUUACAGCCUUUCGAUUAUGACCCCAAUGAGAAAAGUAAACACAAGUUUAUGGUUCAGUCUAUGUUUGCGCCAACUGACACUUCUGAUAUGGAAGCAGUAUGGAAGGAGGCAAAACCAGAAGACCUUAUGGAUUCAAAACUUAGAUGUGUGUUUGAAUUGCCAGCAGAAAAUGAUAAACCACAUGAUGUAGAAAUAAAUAAAAUUAUAUCCACAACUGCAUCAAAGACAGAAACAUCAACGGUGUCUAAAUCUCUGAGCUCUUCUUUGGAUGACACUGAAGUUAAGAAGGUGAUGGAAGAAUGUAAGAGGCUGCAAGGCGAAGUCCAGAGGCUGCGGGAAGAGAACAGACAGUUCAAGGAAGAAGAUGGACUUCGGAUGAGGAAGACAGCGCAGAGCAACAGCCCCAUUCCUGCGUUGGCCACAGCAGGGAAGGAGGAGGGCCUCAGCACCCGGCUGCUCGCGCUGGUGGUCCUGUUCUUCAUCGUUGGUGUCAUCAUAGGGAAGAUCGCCUUGUAGAGGCAGCAUGCGGAGGGGGGUCAUUUGGAUUGAUGGAUCCGCCAUAUCAUGGGAUUUAAAUUUAUCAUAACCAUGUAUAAAAAGAAAUUAUGUAUGAUGACA